UAGCUAAGAACAGGCUAGUUAGCGAGAUAGUUUUAAUAAUAAUAAUAAAAAAAGUACAGAACAACUAAAAACCAAAGUAAACAGCAUCAUGGCAGAUAUGGGCCAAACAUGCUGAAGGAAUUUGUUUUUAGUAGUCACUCUAAUUUUACAGCAAAAUGAGAGGUAGUUAAGCAAUGUAGCACACUUAAUUUGUUUCAUAUUGCAGCACAUUAGAGAUUUCUUUAUGCGGGACUUCGCUCGAUCUGGCUGAAUGCGAGUAGUCGCGUCUCGCCAAAUAGAACGCAACCCAGGGUGUUACAAAAUAUUUACGUCAUUACUCAAUCGUAAGUCUUGUUUAAACGCAAACCACUCGCCGCUUCAUUUUGAACGUUCCAAAACACAAACGAAUGCGCAUUGGACUUAAUUCGAAAAUACUGUAUUCUCGAUUUGGACGUCUUUUUUUUUUUACCUCAUUUUCACCGUGCAUGAGGCAUCGUGUUACAAGGACCUCAUUUUUUUUCCUUCCUUACCAAGUCAUUCACUACCAUCAUGUCAGGCAAAAAGCGCAAAGCAGCUGGGGCCGCUGCAUCUGAGUGCAGUGCUAAACAGCUGAAGUUGGCCUCCACUACGGAAGGUAAUAAGGUGAAAGCAUCAGGAUGGCUGCAAGACCUUGUCAAACAACAGAGAGAUGACAACAAGGACAUGAAAGUCAACAAGAAACGUGUUCGAUUUAUAUCAGACACGCAAGAGGCAAAGCAGGACUCGGAAGGGGUCCUCUAUUGGAUGCUAAGGGACCAGAGAGUACAAGAUAACUGGGCAUUGAUCCACGCCCAACACCUUGCCAUGAAAAGGAACCUGCCUCUGCACGUCUGUGUCUGCUUGUUUGUCCCCAAAUCAGAGUUGUCCACCCUGAGACAUUACAGUUUCAUGCUGAAAGGUCUGGAAGAAGUUGAAAAGGAAUGCAAAUCUCUAGACAUCCAGUUCCAUUUGCUACACGGCUCUGUGGCCAAAUUGCUGUCUGGCUUUGUGUCCGAGCGUGGCUUUGGGGCAGUCGUGACGGACUUUUCACCUCUCAGGGAGCCUCUCAAGUGGUUGGAUGAUGUCAAAAAGGCUCUUCCAGAUGAUGUUCCACUCAUUCAGGUUGAUGCCCACAAUAUUGUUCCGUGCUGGGUAGCAUCUCCUAAACUUGAAUAUGCUGCCAGGACAAUCCGGGGAAAAAUUACAAAACUUUUACCAGAGUUCCUUACUGAUUUUCCUGUGGUCGAGAAGCACCCCCACGCGGCAACAAAAACCACUAAACUAGUAGAUUGGGCCAAAACAGUGGCUUCACUGCAGGUGGACAGAACCGUGGACGAGCCGGAGUGGGCCCAGCCAGGCACCAUGUCGGGAAUGGCCAUGUUGGAAUCCUUCAUCGACGUUCGCCUCAAACUGUUCGGCACUUACCGUAAUGACCCCAACGUUGCUGCGCUCAGCCAACUCUCUCCUUGGAUCCGCUUUGGACACGUGUCUGCCCAGCGUGUGGCACUGCAAGUCCAGCGUGGCGGGAAGGACGCCAGUCAAUCAGUCGCACCCUUCAUCGAAGAGCUGGUGGUGCGCAGAGAACUGACGGACAACUUCUGCUUUUACAACGAGAAUUAUGACAGUGUGAAGGGUGCUUACGAAUGGGCUCAAAAGAGCUUGAGCGAUCACGGCAAGGAUAAACGGCCAUAUCUGUACACCCGAGAGCAACUGGAGAAAGCCAAGACGCAUGACAAACUGUGGAAUGCAGCUCAGUAUCAGAUGGUCUCCGAGGGGAAGAUGCAUGGUUUCCUGCGAAUGUACUGGGCCAAAAAGAUUCUCGAGUGGACUUCUUCACCAGAGGAGGCGCUCUCCAUCGCUCUGUAUCUCAACGAUCGCUAUGAGCUGGAUGGCCAAGACCCUAACGGAUUUGUGGGUUGUAUGUGGUCCAUCUGUGGGAUCCACGACCAAGGAUGGGCAGAGAGAGACGUUUUUGGGAAGAUCCGCUACAUGAACUACAAAGGCUGUCUUCGCAAGUUUGACGUACCCAAGUUUGAGAAAAAAUACUGUCCCAAAGGUCUUUGAGAGACCUGUUUUCUCUGUUUGUUGGCGGUUUGGGCCUGGAGAUUACAGACGUCUUGUGACAUGUACGUCAAAACCUUUGUUCUUAUAUUGUAAGUGUCCAUAUCUGUAGCUAUUUGGAUCAUUAGACUUUUUUUUCCCUCCAUAAAUGUAUAUGAACAAUGCUUUACACAUUUAUUAGACCACCUGUCAAAUGACACUUCCAUGGGAAAACGUGAUUUGAGAUACAAAUAUUUUGAAUAACAAGCGUGGUCACGGAACAAAUCCAUCUGGUAUCUUAAAGCAUCACACUACUUAAAUAUUUCCUCAUUUCUUUGGAAAACUGUAGUAAAUUAGAAAAGUUAAUUAGAACAAUAUUUUGUAUUAUUUAAACUUGAAUUAUAAUUGAAAACCCUUUGCUUGUGUAUUAAACUUAUCUUAAACAUAAAAUAUGUUUUUGGUCAUUUCUGAUGGUGAUUGUGUGGCGGUAUAAUAAAUUUGUGAAGGACUGUAUAACCUAUACAUUAUUUUUCAGACUGUUUGUUUUUAAAGAAUAGAAAUGUUUCCCAAAAA